AUGUUUCUUUGUUUCCCCUCAUGCCGCAGCCCACUACCUGACGCCAGCCCGGCCGACUCACAGCAACCCAAGUUCGCCCUGGGCUCGAUCGCCGGCCUCCACCGACUGUUCCUGGCACCCGUCCAGUCUGGCGGAUCGCUUCCCCGGACCCACCCACGCUCUCCUAGCAUCAGAAUAGCUGCAUGCGCUGCCGGGAAGAGGGCGUCCACAGCCCAGGCGGUGACAGGGCAGCUAACGGAGCGACCGGCUCUCGCGCAGGGCUUUCGCGCGGCAUCCAGCAUCGCAGAUGCCUCAUCGCCAACGGGACCGAGCGAAGAGAGGGGCACCGUUCAGGCUCUCCGCCGGCACAGCUUCGCUGGCAAGCCCCGCUCCCUUAGGCCACGGGGAUCUAGGGAGCAGUACCUAGGGCUCCAAGCAUCCUUCGCAUGGGGCAAGCGGCGGGAUGAAGUCAAUAUCCUGCGCAGGCCCGCUCGCCGACGGGCCCUUCACCACUCUCUGGCCCGCGGCACGACGUGUUUGCAACCCCUUCGUCUGCAUCCGUCCCUCUCGCGCAGCGGCAGCCGGUCCACCACAUGGGCAGAUUGCCGCUAUCGGUGCAUGGCUUUCUUCUGCUUCUUCACCCCCGCGCUAGAACGUUCCGCGGAGCUCGAGAAAGGAGGUCCGCCUCACACGCCUCAUUCGGUUUCAGAUGAUGUGCCCACCACACGAACGAUGGGGGCAGAUCUCUGGAUAGCCUCGAGUAAUGCACAUACACAUAGUUUUUAUGCUGAGACAAUUGAGACAACCACAACUAUCCUCCUGCCCUUCGCAGCCAUCCCACGCCGCACGCGGUUUCCACGUGUGCCGUCCCGUCGACCGCCUCCGCGACUCCAAGCCAUCGCCUUCGCGGCCUGUCUGCUGGGCUCAGGGCUGUUCUUCCGACCCACGUCCUUGGAGAUUGGCUUCUUCCGUUUGACGCCACCGUCACAAGCUGCUGCUGCCGCUUCCACGCGAAACUUUAUGCGUGAAUUGCCAUCAUGA